AUGCCUGGAAUUCUGAAAGCAAAUGAAAGCGUCGUUACCACUCAGAGUUUAACCCCAAGCCAGGCAGUGAGUAAUUCGAUAACAAAGUAUGCAACGGCUAAAGAAAAUUCUGCUUCGAAACAAUUCAAUGUAAGCAAUUUGAAAAACAGAUUUGAAAUAUCUGAAUAUGCGCGAGAAGGCGUGAAGACAGCUGUGCCAGCUUCCCUCACUACUGCAACAAAUAUUUGCAUGAAUCAUUCGAGAGAUACAAAGUCUCAAAGAAGUACAAUCGAAGACAAAAGAGGAAGUCAGGCAGUACCGAUUCCGAGACCGCGCAAGUUUCAAACUGAAAUGUCUGUUUCAGACACUUCAACAGUAAUUAUUUGGAUUAUUUUUGUUUUCAACAAAAAAUUGUUUGGCAUUAUAUUAGAAUUCCGCAAAAGUCUGUCUCAGAAUAUAGCAAUGGAUAGCAGCUUAUCACCAGGAUCAGAUAGCACUCCUCGUACUUGGAUCAUCAAGCGUCAUGUAGGUAGAAGUGAGAUGACCCCAGUCAGCACUGAUUCAAAUGUUGAAACAAUGGGAGAAACGAGAUGUGAAUACGUGAACAUUGAGGACUGGGUCGAAGCAAAUGCCAAACGUGUAGAAGCGAAUCGGACGAAUCGGAAAGGAUGGCAAGAAGAGAAUCUAACACGGAUAAAAUCUGCCACCAUGAACAAUCCUUGGCAAUCAAGAAUGAAUGCUGUCAAGAGCUCUCAGUCGUCGCAUCGGCCUGAAAACUACUUCAUCUGCUCACGAUGUCAGCGAACAAUUCGGCAAGACUUUUUGGAUUCUGAUCAGAAAUCUGGAGUGCAUCAACAAAAGCCAAGCACACAGCAGCCGCUACAACAAAUUGGUUCAGAUAGUGCGAAAAUUCUGGAAACUGCUCAACCUUCAAAAUCGCAAAAGAAGGAAUUGAAGCGCAGAAGUACUCAAACGAAUGCGCGAAUUUUGGCUGAUCAGUUGAGCACUGCACGUGACUUUGCCUCAGAUAAAUUCAAAGAAACAUUGAAAAAAUUUGUGCAAGCAAUCAAAGAGCCUCAGCAGCCAGAAAAAGAUUGUAGACAGUUGCAAGAUCGAACAACUUCAAUGGCACGUGAAGGCACGCAACAACUUGCGCACGUGGUACAUAUUCCAGGUAAACGAAUGCAUCAAAAAUUAGUCCACGUGAAAUUCACUGAAUUAAACACUUACCGUAUAUUCAUAGCACUAAGCGGUAUAAUUGGCAGAAAAAGUGCUGCUUUAUUUUUGCAUUACUUCAAACAGGCAAAGUAA